AACUUUUAUUAAUCCUGUCCUUUCCUCUUAACCCUUAAGUCAGAUCUGUCUAAUAUCAUAUAUCAUCAGUCAACAACUGAUUCAUUCUACUGUAUAGAUAAUCUGGUCCACCUACAUCACUUUGCAUACCGUUUUAUAUUGUUUGUUUGUUUGUUUGUUAUUAUUUUCAUAAUCAACAAACAACUGAUUUCAUUCCAUUCAUUCGUUCAUUUAAUCACAUCCAUUCAUUUCAAUCCAUCAGGUAAACUUACUAAUGCAGAGUUCAUCAUAUUAGGUUUCUGCUUAUCUUAUUAAUUCUCAUAUAUUUCACUCUUUUAUACCCCUAAAUCAAGAUCAAAUCAAAGUUCAGAUCAACUUACUGCAUACAUAUACCUUUUCAUUCAUUCACUUUUUUUGCAUAUAAAACAACAAUAAUCAUUCAUCAUGGCCUCUUCUCAUAACUAUUAUGAAUCUGCUGUUCAAGAUAUCGAACAAGAGAAGAAAAUAGUGGCUGCUUUGAAACGAUUAUCCAUAGGGAACUUAAUGAAUUAUGAUCCUGAUUUACCUAAUUUAGAUACCAUCGAUGAUAUUAAUAUUGAUUCAAUAAAUAAUAAUAAUAAUAACUCAUCAAGUCCUUCACCUAUACAUUCUUCUUCUUCCACAUCUCCAAGUCCUCCUCCUCCUCCACCACCACCAUCUCAUUCAACUUCAAAAUCAGAUUCAAAUUCUCCUUAUAAUCAAAGAUUACAAAAAUCACCCACUUCAUCUCCAUCACCAUCUCAUUCUCAAUCAAGAUCUCCUAUUUCUUCUCAACAACCAGUAGAUAUAAGAAGAAAUAAAUCCUUAUCAAGACAAGCAUCCAUAAAACGUCAAGCUUCCAUAAAUGAUACCGCAAGCAUAGAAUCCAACGAUGAAUAUUAUGAUGCCUCUCCUGAUUCUUCAUCAUCGGAAAUUAAUCAAUUAUUAUGGGUUCCAGCCAAUUUGCAUCCUCAAAUAAAUCCAGAAAGUUUUAAAACUCAUAUUAAAUCUCAAGUUGAUGAAAUCAUGGAAAGUAGAAGACAAUCAAUCUCCAGAAAAUCAUCGUUAAGUUCAAGUUCUUUACCGGCUGAUGAUGAUUCACAUGAUGAAGAUGAAGAGAAUAUAGAUUCAAAACUUAAAGAUGAUAUAUUUCCUAAACGUGAAUCAUGGUACAACAAUAUUAAUAAUAAUAAACGAUUUAGUAAUCCUUCCUUACGUGAUUUAACUAAUGAAUUAUCAAAAUUAUCAAAAAUAGCAGGUAUGGAUGCAACUGAUGCUGUUACUUUGGCUAGAACUUUAUCAUCUGCUUCAUUAGGAUAUACUGAUGUGGAAAUAUUAGCAAUUGAUGAAUUAAAUUCUCCCAAGACUUCUCCUCCACCAUCUACUUCUCCUUAUCAAGAUUUCAUAAAUGAUGAUGAAAUUGAUGAUGGAGAAAUAUCGCCUUCAAAAAGAGAAAAGAAUAAAACUUCUCCUUCAAAGAAUAAUAAUGAUACUUUUGAUUUAAAAAGAAGUAGAAGACCUGAUUAUAACUAUAGAAAAAAUUCAGGAAGUUCAACUUCAGGUCCAGUUGUACCAAGUGCUGAAAAAUUACAGGCAUUAAGAAAUAAUAUCCGUCAAAUGUAUCAAACUUCUUCAACAUUACCUCAAACCCCUUCACCACCUCCAUCACAGCCUCAUUAUCGUACUAGAAAUAGUCCUUCUCCACCACCUGUGCCUGAAAAAUCAAUACCAAAAAGAAAUUAUAGAGAUUCGCAGUUAUUAUUCAGUUAUGUGGAUCCAAAUACUUUAGCUUCGUCUCAACCUUAUCCUCAAGCACAACCAGUUCAACAACAACAACCACAACAUCGUCAUCGUCAUCAUAAUCAAGUUUCACCACCACAACAGGAGUUACUCCCUCAACUUCAACUGAAGAGAGGUUCACCAUAUCCGAUCAAUCCAAAUUCAAGAUCAAUUGAAAAUCAAAUCACUCAGAAAUUAACUCAACAACAUAGCAUGACCGCUAAGAGGUUAUCACAGUUGAAAUUAAGACAUGCAAGUAAUAACAAUGGUAUGCCUCCAACACCUAUUGAAAAGGAUAUAAGAGGUGGUAGUGCUCAGAAUAGACUGCAAGAUCCUUAUUUGAAUCAACAAUUUCAACAACGUUAUAGAUCAGCUACGUAUUAUAAAACAUCACAGGGACAAGUUCCAAAACCAAGAGUAAAUAGUUCUAAUGCUUCAAAUGAUUCACUUAAUCAAAAUCAUCCUCAACAACAAACAUAUCGUCAAUAUCCUGCUAAGAAUAUAUCUCCCCAGCAACAACAACCUCAAACUCCUCCACCUCCCCAAUCAUCAUCACAACAACAACAACGUCGUUCUUCACAGCAUACUGGUGGUUAUCCACCACAGAAUGGUCCAAUUCCUCAAUCACAUCAUCCUCAUGGUAGACAUCAUCAAAGAAGUUAUCAAAAACAAACCGAUGCAUAUCAUUAUUAUCAACAGCAACAACAACAGUUACAGAAACAAAAUCAACAAGUUCCACCUCAACAACAAGUUCCUCAACAACAACAACCAUAUGUUCAGCAGAGACCACCACAUUCUGUACCACCAAUUCAAAAUGGACCACCUGAUAAAUCGAAUCAAUUGAAUCAAAAUUUAGAUUUAUUAAGGUCAGAAAUCAAUGAGUUUAAGGAAAGUUUGAAUAAAUCUGAAUCAACCGUGUCCACUACAUCCAGUUCUACCAAGACUUUGAUUGAGAAAGAAGUUGAAAAGGAUACGACUCCAGCUAUUGAAUUUAGUUUUGAUACUUCUAUCCAAGAUAUAAGUUAUGAAGAUUCAUUAGGGUUUGAAAAACAAGUAUUGGGAGAAUUUGACCGGAUCAGUCCUAAUUUCAAUGAUAUUAAUACUGAUGAUCCUAUUGAACUUAAAGAUGACGAUGAUGAAGAUAUUAAUGAGAAUGAAUUUAUUUCCAAGAGUUCACCUAUUGAAACUCCAGUUGAAGUAUCACCGGUUAAAGAAACUAAAUCAUCACCUAUUAAAUUAAAAUCGCCAAGUCCAAAGAAGAAAUCAGAACGUAAAACUUCACCAAGUAAGAUUCCGGUUGAUAAAGAUGUAUCGACUACUACUACUCCACAUGUCAUAAGUUUAAGUAAAAAUGGACAUGAAAAUCCAUUUGUUGAACAUGAUGAAUCUCCCUAUCCUUCUCCAACUAUUAAUGAUUCAGAAGUAUAUAAGAAAGAUUCAUCUAAGGAAUUAAAAUCAGACAAUGAAAAGAAUCAACAUCAUUCCCAUUUAUUAUUUUCGAAAUCACAACCUGAUCAUUCGGAUGAAUCAAGUGUUGAAACAUCACCAAAUAAGAAGAUGAAAAAGAAGAAAUCAUUCGCAUUAUUAGGUAAUUCCGUAUCGGAAGAUUCAAAGAAUACCACUAAUAAGAUCAAGAAGAAGAAAUCUUGGGGUUGGUUAAGAGAUAGAUCGAAUAGUGUUUCUUCAUUUGAAAAUAAUAGUAAUUUACCUCCAUUACCGGAAACUUCGAUUAAUAAAGUCCCACCUAGAUCAAUAUCUAAUCCUGAAAUAACUAAUAAGAAUCUUGAUGAUGAUGCAUUUGAAGUAUCUGAUGAUGAGAUUGAUCUUGAUGCUGAUGAAGAUAUUGAUUUAGAUUCAACUAAUACUAAACGAUCAGUUUCUGAAAAUGCCAUUCAUGGAAAGAAUAAACAAGAAUAUUCAUCGAAUAAAGAGAAUAUGAUUACGAAAUUAUUCAAACGUAAGAAACCAAUAGUUGUACAAGAAACUAAAGUACAAACUUUAGAUGAUUCAAGUAGUACUAGUGGUGUUACGGUUGAUUAUGAUUCUGAUAAUGAUGGUAAAUUGAAACAUCAACAGAUUAAAGGUUCAUCAUUAUUAUUUAAGAAGAAGAAUAAGAAGACCGUUAAACAAGAUAAGGAUAUUAAGUAUGAGGAUAUGAUUAUUGAUACUGAUACUUAUUUCAAAAAGGAUCAAAAUAAGAAGAUUGAUGAAUCUAAGGUUGAUGAAGUUGUUUCAAGAAGAAAAUCUCCUGUUAGCGUUAAUGAAGAAGUUUCGAAUGAUCAAAAUAAGGAGAUCUUACUGCUUGGUCCUCAAUCAGAAAGUAAGAAAGAGGAGAAAUUGAAAGAAGAAACUGGUAAUGAUGAAAUUAUUGAAUCUAAAGUUGAUCUAGAACAUGAUGAACAGCAACAAGAAGAAGGUGAUGAGAUUGAUAAAGAUAAACCAGCUCAAACUACUUUAGAAGUUCAAGAGAAGUUGAAGAAAUCAAUCAAAAGAACAUCAAAGGCCAAUCAACCUAUUGUAUUUACUGAUUCGGCAUUUGGAUUCCCCUUACCUCCACCAUCACAAUCAACCUUAGUAAUGUUGGAUUAUCGAUUCCCUGUACAUGUUGAAAGAGCCAUUUAUCGAUUAUCUCAUUUGAAAUUAGCUAAUCCUAAACGAUCAUUACGGGAACAAGUAUUAUUAUCGAAUUUCAUGUAUGCAUAUCUUAAUUUAGUUGAUCAUACCUUACAUUUAGAGCAACAAUUAAAUAAUAGUGGUAUUGAAGGACAAGAAGUUACUGUUGGUACUCUUACAGGAGAAGAAGAUGUGGAGAUGAGCAAUGAUCUUGAACCUCAAGAACGAAGUGUGCAUAGAAAGGGUAAUGGUAGAAUCAUCUUCGAUGAUGGAAUCAUUCAUGAAGAUGAAGUUGAAGAUGAUCAAGCAAUCGAGAUUGAUUUAGAUGUUGCUAAAAUAGAAAACAUUCAAUCCACCGGCAUUGAAGCAUAGACCAAAAAGUAGAAACACAUACAUACAUAUAUACAUAUAUAGUAAACAUACAGAGACAGAUAGACAUUGUAGAACAAUGUCCAAAAUAAACAUAACAUAGCAUUUUAUCAUAAUAGUUGUUGUUGUUGUUGUUGUUGUGGUCUAAUCCAUUUGUAGCAUUAGUUAUCAUAGCCCGGUUCUAGAGUCGGCACUUGUUAACAGCAUACAAAAAUGAUCCAUCCCGAGAGAGCCCCUUUAUUUAUUUAUUUAU